UGAAACAGCUGGAGUUGGGUUUAAGUUCACUUGGCAAUGACCUUGAAUGCCUCAAAAACGCUGCAUUCGCACUGUUUAUUGUUGAAACUGUUUAUUAAAAUAUGGUACACGCAAACAUUUCACAUAUUCAUGAGAGGUCGCAGCAAAAUUCCACAAAAUUAAAAUGCGUGACCUCAUCUUUCCCCGCCAAACGUGGUAUUUUUAAAAAUACAACGAAAAAAAAUUGCCAAAGGAGGAUGAAAUUUAUGCCAUAAAAACGGUCUUUCCACUACGGAAGAAGUAUUGUUGAGAAAUCUGUGAAACUGAUCGAACACUGGACUUGUUAUUGUGCCAUAAAAAUUUUAAUUGUACGCUAGAGCUGCUAUUACUCACUAUUAUAGUUUUUUGCAUGUGGUCGUAAACGACAAACAUUUUUAUUGCAGAAAAAGCGAAAGUUUACUUGUUAAGUUUAUUAAUUUUUUUUGGAAGUGUACAGAGAAACAUAAUGGAUAAAAAAUAGAAUUACUAUUGAGUAUCUUGUUAUAUAAUCAAUUUCAAACAUUAAAAUAAAGAAAGUCGAAGCAGACAGUGCAAAGUCCUUCAUUUAAGUUUUAUUUUUUUUCUGAAAAUGUAUAAAUCAAAGUAAGACAACUUUAUUCAAAUUAUUUAGGGAUUUUACUUUUGUCACUAUUGUAACUAAAGUUCUUAAAUUAAAUGAAUUUUUACCAAUAUAUUAAUUCUGAAUAAGAAACAAGAAAUUUGAACACUCCUUUUCCCAUUGGGGAAUUUGGCGUUGUCACCAGUGCCAAACAUAACCUUAAAUUUUUGCGUUGUUGUAUGUUGUGUCAAUAAUCGUCCCCAUUUCGCUGUGGUGUUCCCGUGUGUGCUUUAAAAAUGACUACCGAUACUGAAACCUCCCCGCAGCCCAAGCCGAAACGUAAAAGUCGUUCAAAAUCUCCCGACUCUCGGAAAAAGCACCGCCGCGACGACUCGCCCCACAAAGAUUCCCGGAAGCGUUCCCGCCGUUCACGAUCGCGGGACCGUCGUAACAGUCGCAAAUACCACGAUUUGGAUCGCCCCGUCGAAGAUUACCCCCGGUAUUACGGCGAGGACCAGGAACAUAAGAAGAACAGUGAUAGGUACUGGACCAAGUACCCCCGUAAGGAUGAUAACCAGGUGGGUAGUAGAUAUUACGGGGGUGAACCGGAAGACAAAGAUAAAGACAAGGUGGAAAAAGAAAACGAGAAGGAAGGGGAUAAAUCAGUGAUAGCUCCCCGCGAACGCAAAACUGUAGAUUUGUUGACACGGACAGGUGGGGCCUAUAUCCCGCCCGCGAAACUACGGUUGAUGCAAGCGGAGAUUACUGAUAAGAGUUCAGCGGCGUAUCAGAGGAUCGCAUGGGAGGCGUUGAAGAAAUCCAUUCAUGGGUUUAUAAACAAGGUGAAUACGUCGAAUAUUGGGAUUAUUUCAAGGGAAUUAUUGCAUGAGAAUGUUGUAAGGGGGCGUGGGUUGCUUUGCAAGUCGAUAAUACAGGCACAAGCCGCGUCGCCGACCUUCACAAACGUGUACGCAGCCCUAGUCGCAGUUAUCAAUUCAAAGUUUCCAAAUAUCGGAGAAUUGUUACUGAAAAGAUUGGUCUUGCAAUUUAAACGAGGUUUUAAGCAAAAUAAUAAGAUCAUAUGCAUUUCGGCCACUACUUUUGUCGCCCAUUUGGUCAAUCAGAGGGUGGCUCAUGAGAUUCUCGCCUUGGAGAUUUUGACACUUUUGGUGGAGACUCCAACUGAUGAUUCGGUUGAAGUUGCGAUUUCGUUUUUGAAAGAAUGUGGGCAGAAAUUGACAGAGGUUUCGAGUAAAGGUAUUAAUGCGAUUUUUGAAAUGUUGAGGAAUAUUUUACAUGAGGGAAAGUUGGAACCGAGAAUUCAAUACAUGAUUGAAGUCAUGUUUCAAAUCCGGAAAGACGGGUUUAAAGAUCACGCCGCUGUCAUAGAAGAAUUGGAUUUGGUGGAUGAGGAGCACCAAUUCACACAUUUGAUUACGUUGGAUGAUGUUAAACAAUCAAAUGCCGAGGAUAUCUUAAAUGUUUUUAAAUUUGACGACAAUUAUGAGGAAAACGAGGGGAAAUACAAGACUUUGAGUAAGGAAAUUCUGGACAUGGAUAGUGAGUCAGGCUCUGGUUCUGAGGAAGAGUCCGGUGAUGAAGAAGACGAUGAGGAUGAGGACGAAGAAGAGGAAGGAACACAAAAGAACGAAUCUAACAUAAUCGACAAUACCGAAACCAAUUUAGUAGCCCUAAGAAGAACAAUCUACUUGACCAUUCAAUCAAGUUUAGAUUUUGAGGAGAGUGCCCACAAACUUAUGAAAAUGGAGCUAAAACCGGGCCAAGAAAUCGAAUUGUGUCACAUGUUUCUCGACUGUUGUGCCGAACAACGAACUUACGAGAAGUUUUACGGUUUAUUAGCACAGAGAUUUUGUCAAGUGAACCAGAUUUAUGUCGAACCGUUCCAACAAAUUUUCAAAGACACGUACGCCACAACACACAGACUUGACACAAAUAAAUUACGAAAUGUUAGCAAGUUUUUUGCACAUUUGUUGUUCACUGAUGCUAUUGGAUGGGAAGUUUUAGAAAUUAUGAAACUGAACGAAGAGGAUACUAAUAGUUCAAAUCGCAUUUUCAUCAAGAUUUUGUUCCAAGAAUUGGCCGAAUACAUGGGGUUGGAGAAGUUAAAUGCCAGGCUUAAAGACGCGACGCUCCAGCCACAUUUUGAGGGGCUGUUUCCGCGCGAUGAUCCGAAAAAUACACGAUUUGCGAUUAAUUUUUUCACGUCGAUUGGAUUAGGGGGGCUUACUGCUGAAUUGAGAGAACAUUUGAAAACAGCCCCCAAAGUUAAUCCUUUGAGCAUUGCUGAGAAAUCAAGUGACUCUAGUAGUAGUAGCAGCAGCAGCAGUUCAAGCUCAUCCAGUUCCGAUAGUAGUGAUUCAGAAUCGUCAAGUUCUGAAGAUGAAAAAACACGUAAGAAGAAGGAAGAAAAGAAGAAGAAAAAGCCGAUAAAAGAGGCGUCAGAUGAUGAGAAAAAAAGAAAAACAGAUUCGAGGAAACACAGUCGUGAUGAGAGACGGUCACGUGAUAGAGAUGACCGGAGGCGGCGUAAGAGUACUGAGAGGAAGCAUAGGAGUAGGAGAUAAAUCACUUUUUUGUAUAUAAAUUGUAUUGAAUAAAUAUUUUUAUUUA